UUAAAACGGAAGCAAAGAACCGCAAGGACGGUGCCAUACAACUUAGGGUUUGAAAGAGAUCGUCCUGCGACCGAUUUCAUCCUGAGGGGAAGCUGGAUCGGAUCGGAUCGGAUCGAAUCGGAUGGCCCUUCAGUACCUUGAAUCGCAGCGCGACGCGCAGCCGGAGCUGGCGGAGUGGUACAGCGCCUUGGCGGAUUUGUACCAGCGUAAGCUGUGGCACCAGCUCACCGCCAAGCUCGAGCAAUUCGUAGCCUUGGCGGUAGUUCAGGCUGGUGAUGCACUUAUACAGCUGUAUAAUAACUUCAUUACAGACUUUGAAACCAAAAUCAAUCUCUUGAAGCUUGCUCACUUUGCUGUGGUGGUUUCACGUCAAUAUUCUGAGAAGGAUGCUGCAAUUAACUACCUUGAGGGAAUAAUUGAAAAAUUGCAUGCUACUCGAGAGUUGAGGAUUGAGGAGCCUAUCCUAUAUGUUAAGAUGCAAAUUGCUGCAUUAAAUUUAGAAAAAGGAAAUCAAAAGGAGUGUAAAAAGCUUAUUGAUGAAGGAAAGAGCACAUUGGACAACAUGACUGAUGUUGACCCUUCUGUUCAUGCUAGCUAUUAUUGGAUAUCUUCACAGUAUCAUAAAUCUCAAAAAGAAUUUGCUGAAUUCUAUAAGAGUGCUCUUCUUUAUUUGGCAUACACUUCAGUAGAGUCGCUUUCGGCAUCAUUCAAACUGGACUUGUCAUUUGAUCUUUCUCUUUCAGCUUUGCUGGGAGAUAACAUAUACAACUUUGGGGAAUUGCUUGCCCAUCCUAUUAUCAAUAGUCUCAUUGGGACAAAAGUGGAGUGGCUCUACCAUAUUCUUCAGGCUUUUAACUCGGGAAAUCUGAUUAGAUAUCAAGAACUAUGUAAGAUCCAUAAUGCAGCAUUGACUGCUCAACCUGCAUUAGUAGAGAAUGAGAGGAAGCUACUUGAAAAAAUCAACAUUUUGUGUUUGAUGGAAAUUAUAUUCAGUCGUCCAUCUGAGGAUCGAACUAUUCCUUUAAGUAUCAUCACUGAGAGAACUAAGCUUUCCAUUGAAGACGCGGAGUAUCUCCUCAUGAAAGCCCUUUCAGUUCAUCUCAUCGAAGGCAUCGUCGAUCAAGUUGAGGGCACAGUAUACGUCUCAUGGGUGCAACCCAGAGUCCUGGGGAUUCCACAGAUCAAAUCGUUGCAUGAUCGCCUGGAUUCGUGGGUAGGGAAGGUGCGAACGGCCUUGUCGACCGUAGAAGCAGAGACACCCGAUCUGCUCGGGCAUGACAUAUAGCUUAACAUACCCACCAUUGUUUCCAGCCCUCUGCAAGGUAAAGAUCUCAGGAAUAUGAACAUGGCUCAUGCUCAUUGAUCUAAUUUUCUAGAGAUCCAGUUCUCCUUUUCCUUCACUUGCUGUGAUUGCUAGAACUGAGUUUAUGGAAUUUGUGCCUUGAGAAGUUGAAAUUUUUAA